AUGGCGGGUGACCUUGCGGCAGCCCCGCUGGCUGCAGCAAGACACAAUGCAGAUGACCCGGGAGAAGUGCAAACGCAGUGGCGGAUGACCAGUUCACAGAUGCCAACCAGAAACUACUCGGUAGAGGAUGCUGCACGACACCGAACUGAAGGAGCCUCCUUCGCCGAUGUGUCUGGCAGGCAACCAAUGUCCAGCGCCUCGAGUGCACUGCCAUCAGGGCGAGACUUCGUCGCCGCGGGCCGUGGCAGCAGCAUGCGGCAGAGCCAGGGCAGCGCCGCCGACCGUGUGGGCGGUCUUCAACCUGGCCUCCUUUCGCCCGGUGUUGCUAGGCCCGUGUCGUCACUGGCCUCUGUGCCUCCUGCUGAGGCUGUGGAGGAAAGUAGACUUACAAGAGAUGCUGCCACCAUCGGAUCCGCACAGGGCUUGCCGGCUCCUCCACCGCCAACGGCCAGGCAUGUGAACAGGAUGAGGGAAGUCGCAAGUGGGCUGAGCGAUCAAACCACCAGGAUGCACCAUGCAGCACGUGCCAGCGACGGGGGCACUGGGUCCUCUCCGCAGAGGACGCGGAUGAAUCGAGCUGCAGACACCAUCGAUUCUCAGGAGAGUGCCGAGACAGCUGCACCAUCUUUGCAAACUGCAUCAGGUGCCGUCUCGGCACCGAUGCCAGCGACCCUACCAGUGCCUAUCGCACCGGUCAGCCGCGGCACAACUCGACAUGGCAGCAGAUUUGAAUACAGUUCUUGGGAGGAUGCACGUGCUGCAAAUGGGGAGGCGGAGUUCCUCGCCAACUCUACACACUUCACGGACGCAUCGGAGCCGGGUCGAGGCAGCACAGCGAAUGUACCACCGAACCGCGCAAAAGCUGGCGUGCGGCGUCCUGCAAUAGUGCCGCAGCCACCCUCCACUGUCCCGGUGCAUGGAGUGUUAGGGGACAUCGCAGGCAGAGAUUCCGAGCACAGAGACCCCGCCACGCCACCGCCGACAGCAGCGGGCUCCACCGACCCCACACCGGCAGCGGUCAGGAUACUGCCAGCCGCCGAAGCUCCGGGCAGCCAGGGCCAAAGCCUCAGAGUCCAAGACUACAGUACCUACAGCACUCAGGCGACACCUGGAGGCAUGGAGCGCAGAGCAGAUGACACUCGCCCUCAAGGAAGUCCUCAACCAGAAAGCCGUGCUGUGCCAUUGUCGCCUCAGCGAAACAGGUUAAUGAACUCUCGGCAGAACCGUGGUGCUGUCGGCAUCGCUGCUCGAAGUCAAGCAAGUGUUGAGCCCAACCCCACCGUGGACUUGCGGCAAUCACUCUCCGGCGCAGCCACUUCUGGCUACCCUCUCGUGUUGGGUGAUGUGUCACAAAAACUUGAGUACGAGCCAGAUGACGUUGGAUCUGACCCAGAUCUUGUGAGACAUGCCGUGAAUCUUCUGCGAGAGAACACGCGCGAAAGCCAAGGGCUGCGAUCCCCCCUGCAGCCAACGAGAUUAGUGAACUCUACACAGAACCGCGCAGGUGUUGCUGGCAUUGCUGUUGGCAGUCUAGCCAGAGUUCCGAACCUUAUGCCUGCUAAUCAAGCGGUUGGCCACAGCAUGCCGAUUCCAACAGCUGUGCCGAAAUCUGCAGACGACCCGACCGGCCAGGACUCAAGACUCGAGCAACGCAGCUCUCCGGCCGUGGCGAGUGUAAAACCAGACCAGGACAGAGAGUAUCGGCCAGAUGACGCUGGACCUGAUCGAGGGAGCCAUGUGGUGAAUCUCCCGGGAAGAGGCACGACAGACAGCCGUUAUUUGCAAUCUCCGCUGCAGCCAACAGGGAAAGUCAACUCUCCACAGAGCCGUUCUGGCGUUGCUGCCCGCAGUUUUGCCAGUGUUCAGCCGAUUGCCCACGCAGACUUGCGGCCAUCCGCCUCACCUACUGCAACCUACACUGUGGAUGUGGGUGUUUCGGUCGAUGAUGUCGCAUGGAACUCUGCUGCAAUAGACCAUGUGCCGGCCAAUCCUGGCCUCACUGGCCCCAGCAUUCCGAUUCCAGCUCUGCCCACACCUGCAGACGACCCCACUGGCCAGGACGCCAGACUCGAGCAAUACAGCUUUCCGGCAUUGGCUUUGGGGCGCACGGAACCCGACCGUGGCCAAGAGUACCAGCCAGAUGACAUUGGACCCGAUCGACAGGCCGAUGAUGCGGCAGCGCCGGCAAAGCCAAGAGUCAUGAGGGCAGCGGAGCCUGCUCUUGGUUGGCAACAUGUAGGACGUACUGACGGCAUCAAACGUCCUGAGGGCCCUCGAAAUACCCCAGCGCUGUCACUGCAGAGUGCUGCCGCCUCUCAUCUGCGCGGAGCAGGCACCGUGGGCACAACGGGCGCUUCGCCCGAGAGGCUUGGUUUGCGAUCUAGUCUCCAGCGAAGCAGGUUAGUGACCUCACCACAGAACCAUGCUGGUGUUGCUGGCGCUGCUCGCAGUCCUGUGGGUAGUCAGCCGAACGCCCCUGCAGACUUGCGGCAGCCGGCCUCUACGGCAGCUGCAGGCGUCAGUGCUGUGAGUACCGGUGGCCAUCAAGAACGCAGGCGUCGCAUACGUUCUCCUGGAUCACCAGGGAACCCAGUCAGCCGCAUUCCCAGUAAUGGAGCGUCGAGCCAUGCCGGCAAUGCCAUCGAGCGCCCGGGGACGAGUUCGAGUUCUCCUGCAUCUACUCCUGCUGCAGACGGUGGCUACCUGGUUGACGGCACCGAGGCUCGGAGCUCGCGAAGCUCGCCGGUUGCUUUCAGUGCACCAUCCCGGCAAGGUGCAAGGAACAGCUCGGGUCAGAGUGGCAGCUUGCACAAGGGCUCAGGUACAAACACUGAGACCAGUAAUGCCACACGGGGCGAUGGCGCACCUGUCAGCACAGGUUGCUAUGUGAGCUUGCCGGAGAACACCCGGCCGAACCUUGCGUUGCGGAAGAAAGCGGCUGGUGGGCCAGCUGCAAGACGUGCAGUCGCCGAACGACCAGUGCCUUCGUCUCCGAUCCGGCCGGAGGUAGCCAGCGAGGUUCAGGACGCAAGCCACGACGAGGAGGCUUCUGCUCCUGGAAACUCUGCAGCUGAAGACCGAGCCGAACAGCGGUCUUCGCAAGUGGCUCCUGGCGAUAGCGGAGCGGGUCGUUCGGAGCCACGGCCGGUUACAGCCUUCUUCGAGGUGGAGUGCUCCGAGACCGCGCCGGAAGAGGCUGUGUUCCUGGUGCUCGCACAUUCUAGCGGCGGCGCAUGGAACAUCAACAGUGGGACAAUGCUCGAGACAAGCCCGGAGCGAUUUCCAUGCUGGUCAACGGCUGUGCCGAUUUCAGUCGACGCUUUCUCGAAGAUCGAAUUCCAGUUUGCGAUCUCGGACCGUUCGCUAUCGCAGCCCCCUCGAUUUGAAUGCCUGAACUGCCGGCGGCUGCCUCAAACCGAGGGCCAGGACGGGCAAGCCUACGAGAUUGUCUACCGCGGUGCAUGGGAGGAUUCCCGAAACACAGUGACGGUUCGGCCGUCGACCUUGUCACCACUGUCGCCGGUGGGUCCUGAAGCACAGGCGGGAGGCAUGGCUGUUCCGGCAGAACCGACAGCACGCACUGCGAUUAUGGAGGGCAAAGGUGGCCCAGGACACCAAAGUCCGGGGCAGUUCCCGGUCGCCGCAGACAGCACGCGAAGGUCCAGAUCAUUGCCGGAGACCGCAUUUCUCGGGCCAGAGAUCUCCCAGAUUCCAGUGGUCAUCGUCUCCUCGGAGAUCCUUCCCUGGUCGAACUCGGGGGGGCUCGGGCGCGUCACGGCCUCCUUGGCAAGGCAGUUUGCGCUGCGCGGCCACCGGACCUUGGCCAUUUCUCCGAUGUACACGAAGCCACCGCCGGAGGAUGAAUUCACCUACUUGGGAUCGGCUUGGGUAAGGCUGGACCAGAUGGACCAUGAAGUGCGCUGCAUGCACAAGUUUAUCAGCCUCGGCGACGGAAAAGGAUGUGAUUAUGUAUUGCUGGACCACGGCUGCUAUCAGCAUCGGCCAAAUGGCCUCUACUGCGACUCGAAGACGGGCCAGGACUACGGCGACAAUCUGUACCGCUUUGCCAUGCUGUCGCUGUGCGCUCUCGAGGUGCCCCUGAGACUGAAAUUCAACAGGGUAGCCUACGGCCAAAAGGUUGCUUUCAUCUCCAACGACUGGCAGGCGGCCUUGGUUUCGGUCUUCUUGGCCCACCGCUAUCGCCGCAACGGUCUCUACCGGGAUGCCAGGAACAUCCACAUCAUCCACAACUUGGGCUUCCAGGGGAAGUUUUCGUCACGGCGCUCCAGUGUGAGUACGCUGCUUGGGCUCGGCAAAGCAGCUGCGCUUGACCUGGCCAAGGACGGAGAUCUGAACCUCUGCAAGGGGGCGAUCCUUUGUAGCGACCGGGUGGUCACCGUGUCUCGCAAUUAUGCCAUCGAGAUUCAGACGACUCAAGGUGGAUUCGGGCUGGACGGCUUCCUCGCCCAGAAG